AUGAAUACUAUCGCCAAUCAGUUCUCAAAUGCGCAUACAAAUGCACUUCUCAGUGAAAUCUCCUCUGCGAGAGAGAAUCUCCACCAACAACCACAAUUGGCAUUGGCGCCAUCCAUCCAAGUUCCGCCAAUCUCGCACCCCACGGAGUUUUUAAGAGCUCACACAGACGACUCAAAGAACCCAGAUUGCAAAAUCAAGAUUGCCCACGGUACAACUACAUUAGCUUUCCGUUUCCAGGGCGGUAUUAUAGUGGCUGUCGAUUCGAGAGCCACGGCAGGAAACUGGGUAGCAUCCCAAACUGUGAAUAAGGUUAUUCGUAUUAAUCCAUUUUUGUUGGGGACUAUGGCCGGUGGUGCUGCGGACUGUCAAUACUGGGAGACUUGGUUGGGUACGCAAUGUAGGUUGCACGAGUUGAGAGAGAAGGAACGUAUAUCUGUUGCUGCUGCGUCUAAGAUCUUGGGUAACUUGGUGUACAACUACAAGGGCAUGGGCUUGUCCAUGGGAACAAUGGUCUGUGGCUACACGAAAAAGGAGGGUCCAACUAUUUACUAUGUGGACUCGGACGGAACCCGAUUGAAGGGUGACUUAUUCUGUGUGGGGUCAGGUCAGACGUUUGCAUACGGUGUGUUGGACUCGGAGUAUAAGUGGGACUUGUCCGUAGAGGACGCGUUGUACUUGGGUAAAAGAAGUAUCUUGGCUGCAACCCAUAGAGAUGCGUAUUCCGGAGGUUCUAUUAACUUGUACCAUGUGACUGAGUCCGGGUGGGUUUACCAUGGGAACCACAAUGUCGGCGACAUUUUCUACGAUAUCAAAGAGAAGGAGCAAUCGUUCAACAACGUUGACGGAUAG